AUGUCAUCAUGGAUUUUUCCUGCAGCUGCAGUGUUGGCGCAACUGCUAUGCCGCUUCCCCGCUGCUGUUGUGGUUUUUCCAGGGCGACUCUCACGUCGUAGCAUCUCGCGGAUUACGACGCGUCCCGACCCCGACUCUUUUCCGAACAUGAUGAAGCUUAGCCUUGUGGUGAUGGCCAUGAUGGCCGACGCAGCGAAGGUGAGGACCGGACUGCUGAAAGCCAAAGAUCCAUGCCCAGAAGGCCUCACAAACCGGUUUCCAGAUGGUUUGCCCAAAAAGAUUGUGCUGGUGGAUGACGAAAACGGUGGAAAAGCCAUGAACCCGAUGGACUCCGUCUUCGAUCUGGACGCUCUGCGUGCCGCACUGAAGGAGGAUCCAGAGUGGAAGAUCGGAAUGCCUUGGCUUUUGAAGGCCACCUUCUCCUCCGACAGUCAGGUGGAUCGCACCUUUAGCUUCGCCUCGGGCGAUACAGGAGGCUUUCUGAUGAUUACGGUGCCAGCAGGAGUGCAGGACAAGGACAUUCAGGUCACGGACAACAUCGAGAUCAGCGGAGCCGACGCUGAGUUCCAGUACAAGAAGCCGUCCUUGUGGACCUCCGGAAAGAUCGUUAUGGAGAACAUCUGCUUGGCACCAAGGUCGUGUGACACCUUCGAAUGCCCAUCGCCUGCCAUGAAGCCCAAGGGUAAAGGCCAUUUCGGUUUCUCUGCCGCCCGUUGUUGUGAUAUGAGGAUGUGCUCCGAAAUUGAGGGUGUUUGCCUCCCCAACAGCAUGUACACCAAGGCAGCCAAUUUUAGCGAGAAGAAGGGCCAUGACAACUCAACCUGCUGCAGCCCCAAGUACUGUCCCAACGACCUGUGCAAAGACGACACCAAGUGGGUCAGCAAGGGAGAUGUGGUCCUGGGCAGUACGAAGGAGGAAUGCUGCGAGAGGCUGGAGUGUGCCACCUACACCUGCUCCAACCCUGCCUUGAUGACCAAAAGCCCCAACUACAACGAGGACGGCACCCCACGCUACGGCAGCACCGACGACGAGUGCUGCGCUGGCAAGUACUGCAAGGGCUUUGACUGCCAGCCUAGUGAGGACUUUGGUCUGAAGCCUGGAGCAGCCAACAUCUUGGGCAACAGCAAGGAAGCCUGCUCUGAUGUCAAGAAGUGCGACACCUUCGAGUGCCCCAACAACACCAAGUGGAAGCCCAACCCGGCAGCUGUGGUAGGCAGCACCAAGGAGCAAUGCUGCACCAAGAUCAUGUGCUCCUCGUAUACCUGCAGUAAUGAGGCCCUCCAGAAGAAGCCGGGUCAGGCCACCAUGCAGGGCAGCAGCGAUGAGGAGUGCUGUGAGAAGAAGUUCUGCAGCGCAUGGACCUGCAGCGAUCCCAGCAAGUGGGUGCAUUUGUCCAACCAGCAUGGCGCCACCAACCUGGAUCGCCGCGGCUUUUCGGAUGAGGAAUGCUGCGACAAGAAGUUUUGCUUGGCCGAAACCUGCGAUCCUGCCACCCAGUGGAAGGCGAAGGAAGGCUUGGACAAGAUUCAGGGUAGCACCAAGGAACAAUGCUGCGAGAAGAUCUAUUGUGAUGCCUUUGUGUGCGACACCGAUGUGAACAACACAGGAGUUGGCACCCAAUGGUACAAGCGUGUGGACACCAACAUCUACAAGUGGCAGGGAAGCACCAACGAGGAGUGCUGCAUGCCCAUCUUUUGCAGCCAGUACACCACCAGCCACCCCACCCGCUGGACCAGGAAGAAGGAUCCCAGCGCCAAGGGCAGCACCGAUGUUGAAUGCUACGAUCCGCUCCUGUGCUCUGACUACUGCUGCGACAAGCAAGCAGGCUUAGAACACCGGCCCAAUGCGGAACACCAUCAGGGCAGCACCGACGAGGAGUGCUGCGUGAAGUCGUGAAGGUGAGCUGCGUUCAAACCCGUGCCGCGGAGUUGUGCAGCUGUGAAAGAUCGCUGCUGUGGUGACCAACUUGGGCAUCCCGGGAAGUGGAUCACCCAUGUGACUAUUUUUCAAUGUGUGACUAUCAAAU